GAAGCAGGGGUUUUCCCUACGGUUUGGCCACCAGCAACUGAGUUCACGACUCCUCCUCGCGUCUCAACCGCCCCAUCGACACGGUGGACGACGAGUUCGAGGUAGCGCAUCGCCUCUCACAAGAUAUCUUUCUCAGGCGCAUUGAGAGCCUUCACCAAGACCCGUUUUCGUCCAGGAACGUCCCUCCGCCACUACCAAGACCAGACCUGCUUCCCGUAAACGCGGAGGCGGAGGUAGCAGAGGGGUAGAAGAAGGUCUAAUAGAUGUACCGGAGAUCGAGCUGUCUUCAUACGCAACAUCUCCUACAGUUCCCACCACAAAGCCGUCCUAUCUGUCGACUCCAACAACACCAGCCAUGACCAAGUUUCACGUUGGUUCCCUAGGUUCAGAUAAAGGACGGCCAAUCAUCGUUGCAGUUGUGCGCGACCCAGAUGCUAUCAAUCAGGCUACUUCCUUAGGAUAUGUGGGAGGGUUUCAUGGACGCAGUGCGAUGGAUGAGGUCGAACCAAACAGUCUCUGUGCUAGUUUUUACAAUACGGCAUUCACUCGCUGUGUCACAGGACGACUAUGGAGGAUGCACAGAUGGAAAGCAUGAUACACAGCAGGCUACCUCCCAGUCAUGGCGAGAUGAAACUGACGGAAGCACUUGGUUGACUGGCGUUGACUAUCCAUGGUUUCAAAGGCAAGAGUGGAAUACCAGUCGGCGUAACUCUACAUACCCCGUCAAGGAACUGAAUUAGCCCAGAUGGCCCAAUCGAGAAUUCGAAGGAAGACAUGCCACCUCCGUUACCCCACACAUGGCUGGUAGUUGUGACUAUCAGUUUCAAGGUCUCCACGAU